GAGAGAGAGAGAGAGAGAGAGAGAGAGAUGAGUAGCGGAUCAUUUGCAAGUUCUUUGACACGAGUCCUCUCUCUAUGCCCUUCAAAGCCCAAAACCACAAAGCCCCCUUUCUGUCUCAGUCUCAGAACAUCUCCAUUCGCUUCAAUGUCUUCGUAUAAUGAGCAACUCGCCGCUGCCAAGAAAGCUGCUUCUCUCGCUGCUCGACUUUGCCAGAGGGUGCAAAAUGCGCUUGUGCAAUCGGAUGUCCAAUCAAAAUCAGAUAAAAGUCCUGUCACUGUAGCAGAUUAUGGCUCACAAGCUGUGGUGAGCAUUGUCCUAGAAAGGGAACUUUCUUCCAAGUCAUUCUCAUUAGUGGCAGAGGAGGAUUCAAGAGAUCUUCGAAAGGAAGAAGCUCAAGAAACAUUGCAACGCAUUACAAAGCUUGUGAAUGGCACUUUCGCCACAGAUGGAACAUACUCUUCAUCUCCUUUAUCUGCAGAAGAUGUUCUUGCUGCCAUUGAUAGUGGCAAAUCUGAAGGAGGACCUCAUGGUCAGCAUUGGGUUUUGGAUCCCAUAGAUGGUACCAAAGGGUUUCUGAGAGGAGACCAAUAUGCAAUAGCACUGGCACUGCUAGAUGAAGGAAAAGUCGUGUUGGGUGUCCUUGCUUGUCCAAAUCUUCCUGUAAUGCCCGUUAGUAUCCAGGAUCAGCCUCCUUCUGAUGACAAAGUCGGUUGUCUUUUCUUUGCUCAAGUUGGAGCUGGAACUGAAAUGCAGUCUCUAGAUGGCUCUUCACCAGCAAAGGUUCAUGUCAGUGCUACAGAGAACCCUGAAGAAGCAUCUUUCUUUGAAUCAUUUGAAGCAGCACAUUCUAUGCGUGACUUAACUAGCUCAAUUGCAAAGAAACUGGGUGUCAAAGCACCACCUGUCAGAAUUGAUAGCCAGGCAAAAUACGGUGCUCUGUCCAGAGGAGAUGGAGCAAUAUACUUGCGUUUUCCUCACAAAGGAUAUCGUGAAAAGAUAUGGGACCAUGCAGCAGGAGCUGUUGUUGUGACAGAAGCUGGGGGUGUUGUCACCGAUGCUGCAGGAAACCCUUUGGAUUUCUCCAAGGGCAGAUAUCUUGAUCUUGACACGGGCAUAGUUGUUACCAAUCCAAAAUUGAUGCCUUCGCUCUUGAAGGCCGUGAGAGAAUCGCUUGACGAGAAGGCUUCUUCAUCCUUGUGACUUCAAAGCUGCGACAAUCAAAAUUCCAGGGUGGCUGGAGAGUAGAAACUUUGGGGUCUUCUUCAUCCAUGCUGAACUGAAAUGAUUGAAGCAAAAUAAUUAGGAUCAAAAGCUGAUAUGCAUGGGCCUCAUGGUCACAGUGACAAGAGUGAGCAGUGGUCUUAGAUGGCUUGAACAAGUUAAGAAUGAGAAAUUGAGAGAAGUUGUAAAACCAACCCAUUUUCCUCUGUAAUUUUUAUGCUUAAAUGCCAUCUUCUACUAUCUCCAGGUUUGCAAUA